GCCAAGUUCCUCUUCAUCGAGCUCCCUCAAUUCAUCUCGUAAAUACUAUUGUUCAGUUUACCCUCUCUAUAACUUUGUUUUUGUUCUCAUUCUCAUAGACAUGGCGCCGAAAGCUGAGAAGAAGCCCGCCGAGAAAAAGCCAGUAGCGGAGAAAGCCCCAGCGUCGGCAGAGAAGAGGCCGAAGGCUGAGAAAAAGAUCUCUAAAGAUAGCGGAGAUAAGAAGAAGAAGAAGAUCAAGAAGAGCACCGAGACGUACAAGAUUUAUAUUUUCAAGGUGUUGAAGCAGGUUCACCCUGACAUCGGGAUCUCGAGCAAAGCCAUGGGGAUUAUGAACAGUUUCAUCAACGAUAUCUUUGAGAAACUGGCUCAGGAGUCUUCUAGAUUGGCUAGGUAUAACAAGAAGCCGACGAUCGCAUCGAGGGAGAUCCAGACGGCGGUGAAAUUGGUUUUGCCUGGUGAACUGGCGAAACACGCCGUCUCUGAAGGAACCAAGGCGGUUACUAAGUUUACAAGUUCUUAGAAUUGUGUAUUCUUUUUCAAUUGAAAUUGGGAUUUAAUUAGCGGGUUUUAGGGUUUUUAUUUUUUGAAUAAUGGUGGUAGUGCUGUAGUUGGGAUAGAGAGGUAAACUGUUUUAUGGAUACAAUAAUGAUAGUUACUAUUUGAAAUAGUUUUAUCUA